AUGAGUCGUGAGCGGAUAUCUCGGCAGAAGCUGGCCAGAUUGGCGAGUCUCCGAGAACAUAGUGAUGAGGAAUUGGAUUUCGAAGCCGACGGAAUCCCAACGCUAAGACCCUCCCAAAACAAUGGCAUCUUUGGUCUUGAAGAGGACAUGGGCACCCUACGAUUAUCCCCAAAAAAGCAGCCAGCUCGUCAGCUAAAUCAUAAGCCCUCCCUAUCGCCUGGCUUCAUGAUGCAGUUUGUGGAGUCGGAAGAAGACCAUUUGUCCUUCGACAAGGAGUUCAACGAGAAUGAUCUUUUCAAUCCAAGUGACAGUCUCCGGCAAAACAAACAACUCGUGACGCCCAAGGCUAAAUUUUCGCCGGGAACAGCUUCCAAUCCUUCUCCACUUCGAAGAAGGUCAUUGAGCGACUAUAGUGAGGGAACCGACACAGCAAUGACAUCCGAAUUGGACGACGACGACUUCGAGGAGGAAAUAGAUGAUAUCUUUGGUAAAGAAGAGAGCGGGAUCUAUAGCAGUGGUGGCAGAUCCAAUCAAGAGAAUCUCAGCAAAGCGGGGCAGAUACUAUCUAAAAGGAAGGAACAGCUCCAGCGACAGGCGGAGAAGGAAGAGGAAGAAAUGUAUGAGCGCUACAAGCAGCUGAAGCAUGACGAAUCAGCAGUGAAUACACUCAAAUUGAAAGACCUCAACUACGCCAUGUCCAGCCAUCAAAUCAAUCAGGAUCCGUUGGAGAAUGAACACACUGUCAAUUAUGAGUACACGCGUGAUGACCACGAAGCCUUCGAAGAUGGCUUUGAUUUGGAUCAACCUUUGGAUCUCGAGAUCUCGAAAUUCCAUCGUUCUGAUUCAAAGAAGAAACGUCUUGCACGAGAGAUGUCGAUGCCAAAUUUCCCUAAAUCUUUGGAACCAUCGAAACCAACGAAAUAUAAGUCCACUAUGGACUUGGCAGCGUUCACUCGCAAUGAUCAAGCUGCAUUCAAUCAUAAUAAUGAGAUUAUCAAAAGACUCAAUCGCAUGCCCUCCUUCCACAGUCAACCAAGACGUUCAGAGCCCAAGAGUGACGAUCAGAUCAACCACGAUAUGGAGCUUCGGAAGAAAGAACUUCUUGAUAAGUACAUGGAAAUUACGGAGAAGCAAAAAAAGCUCAAUACGAGCCCCAAAAAGAAUAAGCAUAUAUCCAAGGACCACCCUACCAAAAGAAGAGGAGUUGGAUUGGUGAAGUUUCUCAAUCAUGACAGCAAUGUCCCUGCGGUAAGCUCGAAUAACAAAAUGACCUACAAUCCUACAAAUAAACUUUGGGAGGGCAACGAUCAUGAUCUCAUGCGUUUCGAGGAGCAUGAGGAGCAUCAAACGAAAAAGCCCGGUCUUAUAAGGAAGCAGGAUUUCCAGCCCAAGACUGGGAAAAUCCAAGGUAACAUGAAGUACGAUGCGGAAAACUUGCGCUGGGUGAAUAUGGAUGACGACGACAGAGAGAACGAAAAGAUAUUCGAAGAUUUACCAGAUCUUGAACCCAACGACAUUCCGCAGUAUGCCAGAGCCAAUUUGCAAUUUGAUACACAAGGAAGAGGGGUCAGCACCUUCACUCAACGAACAGUCCUGACUGCCUCCAGUGGUCGUAGCUCUGCUACGGGCCAUCAAAGUCUCGGCGAAGAGUUCCAGCUUCUGGCCAAAAAUCUCAGCAGGUUUGAGAAGGAGGAGGCCAAAAUCAGGAGAAAGACGCACAAUUGGUUUGCGCCGAGAGAGCAGUACCGGCUGAACAAGCAGAGUACUUUUAGUGGUGAUUACUUCUGGGAGAUCCGCAAGAUGGUGUGUGAAGAAAAUUAA